GUUUUUUAGAAAAUCCAAACAUUCGUGUUUUCGGAGCGCAACAUGGCUUUUCGUUCGUUUUUCAUUUUUGUUUUUUGUUAAUGAAAAUUGUCUACAGAAUAGUGCUGGCAAUUGCGUAAUUUUUGAAUAUCACACUGGUCUUGUUCACAGGUGCAUAGAACGGUGGCCAGUUGUUCAUGUGAUCGGUUAAUAUUAAUUUUUUGUAACGCUCAAUUGACACGGAAUCAUAUGAAAUGAAAAGUGAGAAAAAAUAAGUGAAAAUUCUUUGAACGUCGGUUUGAACAUGGCAAACGUUAAGCCGGAAAAUAUAACAGCUGAAUGGACCGUUCACGCUCAGCUUACCAUCAAACGGCCAAAUGAUAAACCGACAAAUUCCAAUGAUAACGUUGAUUCGUCAAACGCUGCUGACGACGUACCGACGCAGGCGAAUCCAGUGACGAUCGUUUACAAGUGGAGCAGCGAUGACGUGAAAAAUGAAUCAUCAAACGAUAAAAGUGGUUUCAGUUCAACCAAUGCCACAUUCAAGUCUGACCAUAAAUCGGAUACAAAUGACAAGGCCAAACACGAUAGUUUCCAUUCUACUGGUGUGCCGCCGUCAGAUUCUGGAUUUAGUACGACCACAAAUAAUUCGAGAAAACAGUCACCGUUUCGUAGUACCUGCAGUAUCGUUUUGUCGGCAUGCACUGAUUUGUUUCCGACUACUGUCGAAGAGGGCCAGGAAGAUCCAAUUACGUACAACACAACGGCAACCUGUACGGUUGUUCCGGAGGAACCACCACGGUUGAGUAACGCAUCCGACUUCAUAAAAAACGUAAAUUUUCUAUCUGUGAAAGAUGCAUUUUCUCAAACCAGUGACAACGAAAGCAAACUAAAGUCUGACAAAUCCGCAAAGCCCUCACAUGACAGCCGAAAACGUCGACCAUACGAUUAUAGAAGAACCACCGAAUCAAUGUUGUCUCAUCUGUUUGAAGAAGCAAAACAGUAUUCGCCUUCUCGUCAUGUAUCCCGAUCACCUCACAGAUCACCCUCAAAUACUUUAUCACCAUCAUCAUCAACACGAGGCAACAAUCAUAAGAAAUCACCACGCACCGUUCAUAUCGAUGUUUAUUGUACCGGAUCGGAUGCUGAAGAUUCUAGUGCAGAAGACGACUCCGAAGCAUCAUCCUACAAUCAUCGCUUUAUCGAAGAAGAAUCGAAUUCCACACCACAAACAGUAUACAACUCAGAGCAAGUGAAACUUCAGCAUAGAAUAGCGGAUAAGAAUGAGUUACCCCGCCGUUUCGCCAGUCAGUUAUAUGAAAAGGCUCCUUCCCCAUCACCGAUUCAGUCACGUAAUCAUUUACUGACCAAAUCGACUUCGAAAGAUGAAAUCAGCGAGUCCAAACAACUGUUGUUCAACAGACAUAUCGGCGCCCAAGCAUCAAAACAACAAUCCAAAUUUACAAUGGGAAGCAAUCGAAAUCGAUUUACCUACCGUCGCGAUCAGAGUGACGAUUGUCUAAGUUCCAUUUAUCCGAAUUCAUCACGCUCAACUAUGCGUGAUAUGACGUGUAGCAGCAUAUCCAGUGGAGUGCUGGCAUCGAGUAACAGCGUUAACGAUUAUUUGGAUUCAUCGUCUUGGAAGGAUACGGACUGUGAAACCGGUAAAGCUGACUCCGAUCAAUGGAAAAGCGACGAAUUAAAUGAGUUCUUGUUGCAAUCGCGUAAAUGGAGAUCACCGGAGAAAGAACGACGAUUUCUGUUGCAGCAGAAGAAAAUGAUUGAGUACAUGCACCAAAAUGAACGUUUCAUUGAAGAGAGACGUGAGAAUGCACGUAGUGAAAGUGUUCGACGUUCCACUGAUAAAGAGAAUAAUAGAGCUAAGGCAGUGUCACCAUUACCAACAGCCCAACGUGUAUGUUGCGGUCAAGUGGUCAACGAACCCCAUCAACAACCUACAAGCCAUGCACAAAGCUCAGUUCAUAAAUUAGUUUUGAGUCCGGUCCAAGCGAUUGAUGCACAACAAACCAACGAGAAGCAUAAAAGAGUUCUGUUCACUCCGAGCUACAGUCCAAGCAGUCAAACAUCAUCCGUUCAGUCAACGAUAUUAGACAGUGCCAAUGAGCAUUGGGCACGGGCGAGAAAAUUUGGUGCCGUUGUUGGAGCGAUGCGCAAGACCGGUCAUCAUUUCGGUCCGGCUAAAAAUCCAGAUUGCCAGUGUGAACACUGUCGACGAUGGGUGGCGGAGCGUGAUCAAUUUCGCAGUCGCACUUUAUCGGUUGGCGAUGAGCCGUACAAUCGGUCGUUGUUUUGGUUGAAACGCCACUAAUUUGAUGGAAAAUGUUUAUUGACUAACUUGAUGUGUGUGUAAAUAUAAAAUGGAGCGCGGCCGUUGAUUGUUAUGAACGACUAAACAAUGUUAAAUACACAAAGCAUUUAUUUUUA